AUUUUCAGAGGGGACCUGCCUAGAAGCUGAAGCUGCUGCAUUGUCCUGCUUGGAGCACCAGUAUACGAGACUUUUAGUGACCUCUGGAAGAUUGGCAUACCCUCUUCACUGCUAUAGCUGGUCCUUAAGAGCUGUAGAAAAAAACAUGGGUGGUAUCACAAGGAAAAUCCAGCCAUCUCCAUUACAUUGUUGUCGACGUGAAGACCUGUGUGCCUCUGCUUCAUUUUGUGCUUAAAAGAAGACGUGUCCUAAAGCUUCUUCAUCUGCCUAACCCUUGACAAGGUGAGGGAUAUGGAAUGAGGAUUGCAAAGACUUUACUGUGAAUGCAAGAUAUCAGACAAGGGGCACAGUAUUAGCACAAUCAGAGUGUUUGCUUUUCCUAGACAGAAAAAAAACAAGCAGCGUCCAAGUACAAAUUCUCCAUCCCUGCUUUAAAGAUGACAGAAGAUGAGCAGAAUGGUCCUGCAUUGCUGUUGGUGCUUUUCAUUUCAAUCUUGAAGGCGAACAAGAUAUAUGCUUUCGGACAAAACUCCAGUAUUAAAAUCUGACAGCAGGGGCCCCCUGGUAAAAGAUGGGCUCCUCUACAACCAAACCAAAACUGACCCAGGUGGCACCAUGCCAAACUUCAGAAGAAAGUCUACCGAGAAAUGGAAUGACCUGGGCAGUUCUAAGCAACACCCAAGAGCAGGAAAGAAGGAGAGCUGGACUGCUACCUCCCCUUCAGCAGGAGGUCCCACUGACAUUUUCCUAUGGCAGGGACAUAUCCGAGAGCCUGACUACAGCAGCAGGCAUCACUGGCCAAGCUAUCCCUCAGAGAAGCAUCAUUCAAGCACACCCACCCCGCAGAAUGAAGAGAUUGGAGCCCCUUGCAUUGCCACAACAAGAACGCGCAUCUCAGCCGCAGCCCAGUGCAUCUCCAGAUCUCCAGGACUUCAAAGACGGCAGUGGUGAUGUGAUUCAGCGCACUUCCACUGGUAAGCGGAGACCCAACUCUGAGAUGGCAAGAAACCAGAGUGGAGUUUUAGCAGCACAAUCACAGAUGAGCCGAAAGAUGUGCAAACAACGUUUCAGCGAGAAGAAACGAAUCAAGGAGAUCAUGAACAAGAGAUACCAAGGGAAAGAUCAGCAGAUGGCAGUUGAAAAUGGUGAAUUGGAGGCAGCUGCACGUCUUAUAAAGCGGCCAAAAGAGAGGGACAUCUUUUGGGAUUCCUACUGUGGAGAACAGGUUGACCUGGAGGAACUUGUGUGUGCAAGUCCAGAAUUGCCUCACCAUGAUCAGACCAGGACCAGUCAACAGCUCUCCCCAGCCUCAGGAGAAAUGAAACCAGACACCAGUAGGUCAGCGACCAAAUCUGCAAAAAGAGAUGAGAUGGUUAAGAAUUGGAUGGAUUGGAAGACAGAGAGAAAAGAUAUGACCCUAAGUGACAACUUUUUAGAGAGUUACUGGGGAGAAACAAGCGAAAAUUGCUUGUCCAAGGAGGUACGGAGACACAGACUCGAACCAGAGAACCAUGUCAGUAUGGAAUUCAUAUCUGAGUCUCUCCGCUCAGCAGAAAAACAGCAAAAAUUGUCCCAUUCUAAACUGUUAAUAUCCAGCAGCUUUCUGGAACCUGACUGGAAUGGAAUGGACAAUUGUGGGCCUAAGCAGCCAUCAAGACGGCGUUGGCCUGAACAAACCAAGAAGAAAGCAGGAAUGAUUACCAACUUAGACAAGUUUUCAACUGAUGACAUCUGAGAGGCACCAAAUUUUGAUUGGGACUCAAAGACGACAACUUAUUUUCAUUCAUCCCUUCCUUUCUUCAAUUUCCAACCUCUCAAUCAAAAUUUCAUUGCAGGUCUACAUAUAAAUGAAGGUUACCCAUUAAGCAUAAGAAACGACACAUACAGUGGAUUUAGAAAGUAUUUGUAUCCCUACAGUUUCUCCACACUUUAUGGCAUUGUGGAUUAAAUUUUAAAAGAGCUAAAUCUGACCUUUUUGCCCAUCAACCUACAUCAGGGGUCCCCAACUCCAGUCCCUUUUCUUAAUUGAUGACUAGUUUUUGCUGCUAAUUAACUCCUUUUCCUUUCAUUUUAAUUAACUUGACUUUUUAAGAUUUGUUCCCCUGAAUUUUGUCAUCGUUUCUCUGAAUUGCUCCAUGUCUUUCCUUAAAUGGCACCCAAACAAAAAUGACAUGUGAAGUGAGUGAGCCAACAGGAGACCAACUCAGUCAG